AUGGAUUCUCCCCAGCAAAUAGGCGACAUGACCACGUCGUCGAUACAGCACCAGCUCCGAGGGACACAUCUCAGCGCCACGUGUCUGACUCUGAUUAGCUCGGCGGUUUAUGCUGGGCAAAAGUUCAUUCAAUUGAACUUGAAAGUGGGCGAAAAUGAUACCAAAAACGAUUCUAAAGAUGUCAAUAAAGAUAGUUUGGUGAUACUUCGGCGCGUCCAGGACUCGUUCGUCAAUGUAUCGCAACUUUUUUCCAUUUUGGUCCGACUUGGACAUUCAAAUCCUGAUCAAAUUUCGAGUUUUUUGAGUAACGAAAUUCUUUCCAGCAGCCAUUACACCGGUUCGAUUGAAGGAUCGGUGUUCUACAAUGAUUUCCGGAGCCAUGAGAACCCCAUGCUUCAGGGUUUGUGGGUUUCGUACGACAGAGCAGUGGCACUUGCGUUGCGGUUUGAUAUUUACGAGUUUGCGAAAAAACUCUUUUUAAUUGAUGUACAUGACUACGACAGACUUCCCAAACAAGAGAAGCGCUCGCUCGCUGAAGGCUACGGCGUGGACGUGGCGGCAGGCUCGCCAAAAAAGAGAAAAGCCCUGGACUCCAAACUGACGUCUAGUGAACCCAACUCUAAUCUGGUAUCUACAUCGGCGGUUUCGAUUUCCACAAACUACCCGUUUGCCGAGCCUCCUCUCUCGCUCGACGACAAAAACGACGACUUGGUAUCCACCAUCAAGGCCAAAUACGGCGAGGUGUUCAACAGUGACGUCGCACACACCAUGGACUCCAUCCAAAAGAUCUUUGAGUCGAUCAUCUCUCGACACCAAUCGCACCUCUUGGCGGUGACCGAUAUACCUUUAGACCUGAAUGGCAAAACCGCGCUUCAUUUUGCUGCCACCUUGGCUGUCACAAACCUAGUGGGUGCAUUUGUAGGACUAGGACUCACGUCUCCCAUAAGAGGAACGUCUGACGGUGAAACUCCUUUGAUAUCUGCCAUAACCGUCACCAAUGCCAUGGAAAAGGGAAACUUUUCCACCCUUCUCAAAAACUGGUUGUACCCGUGUCUCUGGCUUGUGGAUAACCAGCGGCGUUCUGUUCUUCACCACUUGGCAUCUCAAGCUUCGGCAAAGCCUGAUUCCACCAGGGCAUACACAAACCAAAUAAUCGACUAUAUCGUACAAUCUGGAGGGCUCAGAAGGCUUUGCGAAGAUAUCGUUCCUGGUCAAGAAGACACUCACGGCAACACCUGUCUUCACAUUGCAGCAGAAACGGAAGCGCGCUGGCUCGUGCAAGUGUUGGUUGAGUUACGGGCUGAUGUCAACGUAGCCAACAAGCAGGGCGUCAAGCCUAUAGACUUUGACAUCGUGAAAGAUGUGGUGAGAGGAUCUUCGGUAGAAAAAGGAGACUAUAUUGUGGAGCUUAUACGUUCAGGCCUUGAAGUAAUGGAUAAAAACCAAGAGCUUGGAAUUAACGACGGUCCAGAAACCCACAAAACUUCACAUACAUCCAAUGGCCAACCACGAUCACAAACGCCAGAAUCGGCUUCUGGCAAGAUUUAUAAUAGCAUACAAGAGCUUCUUGCGUCAACCAGUCUGGAAUAUGAAGCAAUAAUCGAGUCCAAGAAACAGCUGGUGAACGAAUUGAAUAAGGCGCUUCGUGAUCUGACCAUUGUCACUGCUAAUAACCGGUUCAUCUCACGCAAAAUUGCCGACAAUUUGGCUUUUCUCGACAAUCUUAAGCUUCAACUCAACAACAUCAACGAAAAAAUCUCCACCACUAAACAGGAGGUUCCCGAUGCCAAUAUCAGUGAUGAUGACGACGCCGAUUUCGAUGCUGACGAGCCUUUUCGUAUACGAGCGCUCUACGACAAAUUGGGAGAUGGAAUAGAAGAAGUUGAAGAACCUGGUCCCGAGACAAUGGACGAGUUACCGUCGGCCGCGGUGCUCCAGGCACGGAUCAAGGCUUACGAGGAGAUCAACAGCACCAUGGAAACCGAACUCAAGGCAUUGACUGACUAUAGCCAGCUCACGGCCAAAUUCAAAAAGGUGGUGAGCCACUGUACUGGGGUGCCCAUUGAUGAGGUGGACGAGUUGUUGGAUGGGCUCUUGGAUACCGUGGAAGCACAGCAAUGA